UCCUCUGUGGGACAGACUGUGGUCCAUUAGUGCGGCUGGAUGUCUCGUUAGUGCGCCAGAUGUCCAGAUGGACCUCUCUGAAAGCACGCGCCCGCGCACAGAGAAAGUGAAGAUCAAGAUGAAUCUUAUACUCGUUUCUGACCGUACAAACCAGGCACACUGACCCUGGUCGCGGCGAUCGGUGCGUUUUAGUGAUUAUAACACGAUAUUCCUGUUUAUUUUGAACAGUUAUCUGGUGUGCUUUCUUUUCAUCAGCAGAGUGUUUGUUGUUGAUGUGUAGCGCGCAUCGCUUUGCAACGCCCAUGAUCUUCUCAACCCGAGGAGGGAGAUACAAACGGGGAUAAACUUCUGAGCUUCAUCUGUAGGCGUCUGUCACCACGUGGACUUGGAUGUGAUCGGUGAAGGGUUUUUUGGACUGACAAAACGAGAUGAGCGAUGCCAUAGAUGACUCCGGUAUCAUCCGCAGGCGGAGGAUGCAGAAGGAUCUUCCCUUGCCCAGGAAGAGCAGUGGCUGUCGCACCAGUAACCGCAAGAGUCUGAUCUUGACGAGUACGUCUCCCACUCUUCCCCGGCCUCACUCUCCUUUACCAGGACACAUCGGAAGCAGUCCGCUGGACAGUCCUAGGACGUUCUCCCCCAGCGCACCGGCCCAUUUCUCUUUCGCAUCAUCCAGAAGGGCUGAUGGCAGACGCUGGUCUCUGGCCUCUCUUCCCUCCUCUGGAUAUGGGACAAACACACCCAGCUCAACGUCUUCCAGCUCGUCUCAGGAGCGGCUGCAUCAGUUGCCGUUCCAGCCCACCCUGGACGAGCUGCACUUCCUGUCCAAACACUUUGGCAGCACUGAGAGCAUCACUGAUGAUGAUGGACGGAGAUCACCGCAGGUGCGACCGCGCUCACGGAGUCUCAGUCCGGGGCGAUCGCCUUCCUGUUACGACAAUGAGAUUGUUAUGAUGAACCAUGUUUAUAAGGAGCGGUUCCCUAAGGCCAGGGCUCAGAUGGAGGAGCGCUUGGCUGAGUUCAUCGAGUCGUACUCACCUGAGAACGUGCUGCCGCUGGCUGAUGGGGUCCUCAGCUUCAUCCACCACCAGAUCGCAGAGCUGUCCCGAGACUGCCUGACCAAAUCUCGUGAAGGCCUCAUCUCCACCGUCUACUUCUACGAGCUGCAGGAAAACCUGGAGAAGCUGCUACAUGAAGCCUAUGAGCGAUCAGAGAGCUCAGAGCUGACCUUCAUCGCAGAGCUGGUGAAGAAACUCUUCAUCAUCAUCUCCCGUCCUGCCCGACUGCUUGAAUGUCUGGAGUUUAACCCUGAAGAGUUCUACCACCUUCUGGAGGCAGCAGAAGACCACGCUAAAGAGGGCCAGCUGAUGAAAGCAGACAUCCCGCGAUACAUCAUCAGCCAGCUCGGCCUCACCAGAGACCCUCUGGAAGAAAUGGUGAAUUUGGAGAGUUAUGACAGCGAGGGACCCCACACGCCAGAGACGGACGACUCUGCUGAAGGGAAGCUCAAAGCCAUCAAAGCGCCCUGUGAAUCAGACUUCCAGACUAUCAAACUCAUCAGCAACGGAGCGUAUGGAGCUGUGUAUUUAGUCAGACACCGAGAGACUCGGCAGCGCUUUGCUAUGAAGAAGAUCAACAAACAAAACCUGCUCCUGAGGAACCAGAUCCAGCAGGCGUUCGUGGAGCGGGACAUCCUGACCUUCGCCGAGAACCCCUUUGUGGUCAGCAUGUUCUGCUCUUUUGAGACGCGCCGUCACCUGUGUAUGGUUAUGGAGUAUGUGGAGGGCGGUGACUGUGCAACGCUGCUAAAGAAUAUCGGAGCACUUCCUGUGGAAAUGGCCCAGAUGUACUUUGCUGAAACCGUUUUAGCGCUGGAGUACAUUCAUAAUUAUGGCAUCGUACACCGAGACCUGAAACCAGACAAUCUGCUGAUCACGUCGAUGGGUCACAUUAAGCUGACAGAUUUUGGCUUGUCAAAGAUGGGACUCAUGAAUCUCACCACUAACCUGUUUGAGGGACACAUAGAAAAGGACGCCAGGGAGUUCCUGGACAAACAGGUGUGUGGCACACCUGAGUAUAUCGCCCCGGAGGUCAUUCUCAGGCAGGGCUAUGGGAAACCAGUGGACUGGUGGGCCAUGGGUAUCAUCCUCUACGAAUUCCUAGUGGGCUGUGUGCCAUUCUUCGGAGACACGACUGAAGAGCUCUUUGGUCAGGUGAUCACAGAUGAUAUUGAGUGGCCUAAGGGAGACGAGGCACUGCCUAGUGAAGCUCAGAGUCUGAUCUCUGCCCUGCUGCAAACCAACCCACUAGUGCGACUGGGUACAGGUGGAGCAUUUGAAGUAAAGCAGCACUCGUUUUUCUUGGGAUUGGACUGGAAUGGUUUACUCCGACAGAAGGCCGAGUUUAUCCCUAAUCUAGAGUCUGAGGAGGACACCAGCUAUUUCGACACACGGUCCGAGCGUUAUCGGCACAUCAACUCCUAUGACGAGGAUGACACCAAUGACGAUGAGCCAGUAGAGAUAAGACAGUUCUCCUCCUGCUCGCCGCGCUUCAGCAAGGUGUAUAGCAGCAUGGAGCACCUGUCCCAGCUGGAGCAGAAGACACCUAUAGUAACCCGUCGAGAGCACAAAGGUCGUCGUGAUGACAAGAUGGCCAAGCGGGAGAGUUUGGGAAGCUUGAGGGACAAGAGCUGGAGGACAGGCUCACCUGAGAUGAAGCGUCUAUCAUGCUCUGAGUCUUUGUAUAUGGACGGAGAUUACAGUCCUCCUAUGGGUGCCCGGCGCCGUUUUUCAGCCCUAAUGGACACGCACAGGUUUGCCGCUACUCAAGAGGGUGAUGGAGAGCUCUCAGAAAAACAGGGUGCUGCUAAAACCUCGGCAUCAUUAGUAGAGGGAGCCACUACACCGUCAUCGCCAAGUGCUAAUGAACAAAGGAAUCCUGGAAAGGAAGUUAUGUCAGCAAGUAAAGGGGCAGACAAGCCACUGAGACCAGGUGAGAUAUCAGCACCAAAGGCCAUACCAGGAGCCAUAGCAGUGGUUGGUAGGGACGGGGUUGCCAUGGGUGACACCGUCGGACAGCGAGCGACAAAAGAUCUGGUGCUUCGGCAAGCGCGUCACCAGCAGCUGUCAAGCGAUGGGGAGAAACGCACCUCACGUCCCAGCAACAAGGUCAUCAAAUCUGCAUCUGCCACCGCUUUGUCUGUCAUCAUACCCGGAGUUGAGCAGCACGGUAGUUCUCCACUGGCCAGUCCAAUGUCCCCACGCUCUCUCUCAUCCAACCCCUCAUCACGAGACUCCUCUCCCAGCCGUGAUUACUGCCCCACUGUAACAGUGCUUCGUUCACCAAUUACUAUCCACCGCUCUGGCAAAAAGUAUGGGUUCACACUCCGUGCUAUUCGGGUCUACAUUGGAGACACCGACAUCUACAGUGUGCACCACAUAGUCUGGCAUGUGGAGGAUGGAGGCCCUGCUCAGGAGGCGGGACUAUGUGCUGGUGACCUCAUCACUCAUGUCAAUGGUGAAUCUGUGCAUGGAUUGGUCCAUACCGAGGUGGUAGAGCUUAUACUUAAGAGUGGAAAUAAGGUGACUGUGACCACAACACCUUUUGAAAACACAUCCAUUAAAGUGGGACCAGCACGCAAGUCCAGUUACAAGUCCAAGAUGGCUAGACGCAGUAAGAGGACAGUCAAAGAGGGACAGGAGAGUAAGAAGCGUGGGUCUUUGUUCCGCAAAAUAACUAAGCAAUCCAACCUGCUGCAUACGAGCCGUAGUUUGUCAUCUCUGAACCGGUCCCUGUCAUCCAGCGAUAGUCUUCCUGGCUCUCCGACACACAGCCUGUCCGGUCACUCCCCUACCCAGAGCUACCGCUCAACCCCUGAGUCAUCCCACCUUGGUGCCUCCUCCCAGAGCAGUUCUCCUGCCUCCAGUGCCCCGAAUUCCCCUGCAACAACCCAGCAUAUGAGACCCAGCUCCCUGCAUGGACUUUCCCCCAAACUACACCGCCAAUACCGUUCAGCCCGCUGCAAGUCAGCGGGCAACAUUCCUUUGUCUCCAUUGGCUCAUACACCAUCCCCAACUCAGUCCUCACCACCUCCUUUGCCUGGGCACACAGUCGGAAGCUCCAACACCACCCAAACCUUUCCUGCCAAACUACACUCAUCCCCACCAAUCAUAAGGCCUAGACCCAAGAGUGCUGAGCCACCCAGAUCACCACUACUCAAAAGAGUGCAGUCAGCAGAGAAACUUGGGUCACCUCUUUCAUCUUCAUCUGAUAAGAAAGGUGGGAUUGGGAUGAUGAGGAAGCACAGUUUGGAGGUUGGACAUUCAGAUUAUCAUAAGGAUGGUUUCCACUGUGAGCUUGGCCUCCAGAGUUUGGUGGAAAUUGAGGGUGAGAAUCUGGCAUCUGCUCCAACAACUUCUCCUUCACCCACUCAACCGACACCAUCAUCGCCUGAAAAGGGCGUUCUGAAGCCGGUCAGGAAGCUGGGCAGGCAGGAGUCACCUUUGAGUAGAGAUGCUUUGCUUGCCGGGAGAGAAAGGGAUCGACACAAGGAGAGGACUGGUGAACCAAGUCAAGCUAGUGAGGCUAAAACAGGGGCGGUUAAAGAGACCCUCUUUUCUGGUGGCAUUACUCUAUCUGGAAAUAAGAAAUCUGCAAGUGUUGAAGCAUAUCAGCGGCCCCCUUCCACACUGCAGGAAAGUUGCCAAGCCAAGCCUCAGACUUGGCAGCCUCCAUUGACCAAGUCUUCUCCGGUAGCAUCAGAGUCCAAACCUCUAUUCCAAGUUGCCUCUCUUCCAUCGCCCCUAACCACGUCUUCCCCGUCUGUCAAAGCAACAGAUCCAAGUUUCAUUAAGGAAACAGAAAAUGAUGACCAAGGAAGUCUUACAAAAGUUGCCCAAAGCCAGGCACUAGGAACCACUAAGCCUCCAUGCUCUGUGAGUACAUCUGGUGUUAUUAACAAAGAGUUGUUGGAGAAAGAACGGCGAAAGGAUACUGGGAAGACUUCAACUUCAGUCAAGCCAAGUAUGCCAUGCAGUGAUCUCGGGAAGACAACAAGCACAGAGAUAACCAAAGCAAAUAAGGGACCAGGUGAUGGAGAGGGUCUCAAAAAGAGCAUAUUAGAUUCCCAUACCAGAACUUUAGAUGUCAGGGCAAGAACUGCUCCAUCCAAAGGGGUUGUCCCAUCUCACCCACCCCAGGUGCAGUGCUCUGCUUUGGGAAAACUUAGGCAGGACAAGGGCUUAGCUCCGGUCAGCUGCUACCGGGGAACACUGGAUUGGGAAGACAAAUGCCUCUUGGAAGUAGUUGAGGAACACUCUCCAUCUCCCACUUCUUCUCCAACUGGAGUUCCUCCUGAUCUGCCCAAAACUCAACUUCAGUCUCCUGGCGAAAAAUCUGGUUUGGCUACACAGUUGACAAGCACAGGGAAAUCUAUAGGGCCUGAUAAAGGUGGAACUCAGGAGGGGCCCAAGGCCAAAGAUACCACCGAAUCAUUUGGGGUCACCAAGGCUUGUGCAACAGGAAGACCUGAUCCUUCUUAUGGGAGUAGACCAAGCUCCAAAGUAGUCAGUCAGAGUCCUACUAGCACCUCUCCGCAGGUGAAGACUGUCGUUACUCCUCAGAAUGGCUCUUGAUCUUCUGCUAGUUGGAAUAAUAAAUGCAUUUUUUUAGGGUUAAGCUGAAUUUAAAGUUUUUGAGCACUUAGGUGUUAAGGGACAUUCCACCCAGUGAAAAAAAGAUACUAAACCAUAUUACACUGAACAAAGACAACAACUCCAAGUUAUUUUAAAGGCUGUUAUUUAGUUUACAUGCAGAGCUGCAUCAGAAAAAGUUCUAGAAGUAUUAUAUUAGAAUGUGUGUUGGGUAUUUGUGUAUGAGGUGAUGAUUGGGUGCAUGUUUUGUGGUGCUUGUGCUACAAAGUAAAAAAAAUUGACAAGCGUGAAGUGCUUUAAUUGAUCAAGCAAUGCUGAAUUCUAUGAACACCAAAACAAUGUUAUGUGUACUUUUC